UAUUGAGAUUUUUUAUCACAUUAUAACCAUAAUAGGUAAAAAGUAAUUAAUUUUAUUAAAAAUUUGUAUAAAUAAAAAUUAAAACAAACGUAGAAAAGACAAAGAACUGAAAACUUGCAUUUAACGUUCGUCGAACUUAUCAAUUGACAGAUUAGAACAGAAGAUAUGGAUCAUAUUGAAGUAGGAAAUCAGUGUUGUUCACCCAGAAUUGAAGGAAUUCAGAAGAUCCAGCAGAGUGUUAGAGCCAGAAAGAAGCAAAUGGAAGUUUUGUUAGGACUGCUUGGAGAAGAAGAUGAAGUUCCUUGUGAUUGUAUAUUUGUGUAUGGACAUGAAGCGACAGGAAAAAGCUAUUUAUUGUCUAAAAUUUUGGAAGAGUUUGAGGUUCCUUAUGCAUGGAUCAAUUGUGUGGAAAUAUACUCGCAACGUCUGUUGUAUGAAGGAAUUCUGAGUCAGUUAUUCAGCUCCACUUAUACUGUUACAACAUUACGUUGUGAUAAUAUGUGUGAUUUCAUAAGAAUGUUUAAGCAGGAAGCUCAAGCCAUGAACCUUAAAAAAAUGUAUAUAAUUCUUGACAAUGCAGAGAAACUUCGAAACUUUGAACCAACUCUUUUAGCAGCCCUAAUGAGGCUUCAAGAAUUAACGAGAUUGGACUUGUCAGUAAUAUUGAUAUCCGAGAUAAUUUGGGAAAAGUUUCGUUGUGGGAUUGGAUUGUGUGAACCACUGCAGCUUCAUUUUCCACAAUAUAACAGAGAGGAAGUCCUUGAGAUCCUGAGCUUGGAUUGUCCACCAGGUUACAGUGAAGAAUUUUACACUGCCUAUCUCAGAGUUGUUCUCAGUGUUUUUUAUCUGGUAACUCGGAAUUUAAGGGAAUUAAGGUACUUAGCAUUGUUAAAUUUUCCAAAAUACUGUGAGCCAAUCAAGUGUGGAACUGUUAGUGAGAGUGACCAGCAUAAGUUGUGGAAGAAUAUUGAACCUCACUUGAAAGAGGCACUUAAUACUGUUUAUCUGCGUGAAGUAUCAAGUUUUCAGUGGGAAAACUAUCACACAAAAGAUGCUGUAGGCCCUGCCAAAAAAGUUGGUGAUCUAACCCAAUCAUUCAAUAGAGCAGCUGUAGAAUUGCCUUUUUAUUCAAAAUUCUUGCUAAUUGCAUCCUACCUUGCCUCAUAUAAUCCUGCACGAACAGAUAAGAAAUUCUUUGUUAAAAAUCAAGGAAAGGUAAAGAAAAAAAAGAUUAAUUUAAGGAAAGAUCAACCUAAGAGACAUAUUUUAGGGCCCAAACCUUUUCCUUUGGAUCGGAUGAUGGCUAUUUUUUACUCAAUUGUAGAAGAGCAGGUUCCUCCAACAUCUAUGAUAUUUUCUCAGAUCACAACUCUUGUGACAUUACGACUUUUGGCAACAACUUCUAAUGAAGAAGAAUUGGGUACACCUAAAUACAAGUGUUUAGUUGGUUUAGAAUUUAUCAGAAAUGUGUCUCAAACUGUUAAGUUUGACAUUCUAAGUUACCUCAAUGAUUUUAUCUGAAGUGUAAAAUUCCUAUAAUGCAUCAUCCAGUCAUUAUUGAAAUAUAAACCAUUUGAAAAGUUUUAUCUAUAAUAUAAAUUUUUCUGUGAAAUUUGAAGACUCAAGUUAUCUGUAAUGUUUCUUUUUGAAAAAUCUGUACUCUAAAUAUGAGAUGCAUGUAAUGUAUAACAUGAUUUGUACAUUUGAAUAAUCUGUAUUUAAGAUGCAAUUUUAUCACAAAUAAUUACUAUAUUUUAAAAUUGUGUAACUAUUUUAAAAAGAUUGAUUAUAACAGAAUUGGAAAGACAUGUUGAUUGAUGAGCUGAUAAAAUUGACCAUUUUGCUUCAUGAUCCUUAUCUUGAUUUUUUUUUAGUGGGAGAUCUUACGAAGUAUUUAAAAUUAUCUGCAGAAUUGAGCUAAAUAUUUAUAAUGCAGUUUUUUAGUUACUACUUUAAUUAAUGUAAUUUUGACUUAAUGACCUUGGGUGAUCAUAACCAUUGUUUAUGAAAUAUAUCUUAAGUUCAUUGUAUUUGUCAUUGAGUUUUGUACUGUAAUGAUAUUUUUAAGUUAAAUGUUUGUUCUUUAAGUAUUGUUGCACUUGCCACAGUGUAUGCUCAGAAAAUCUGCAAUAAAAAGUUUUUCAUUUAAACCCACAUUUCUAUGAAGAUUUUCACACAAAUUAUCUGUAAAGGUUUUGUACAUAGAAUUAGUUUGUAGUCACAACAAGGAAAACAUAGCUAAUGUAAAAAGUAAAGAUUAGAAAUGCCUCCAAAAUACCUUUUUUUUUUCUUCUGUGGAGAAUAAUGAAAGCCACAGAUUCUUUUUCACAUUUUAUCAACAUCGUUAGAAACUUGAAAUAUUUAAUACAAAUCAGAAAUGUGAUAUGAAAUUCUUUUGAAAUGAAGAUGUCUUAAAAAUUGAUUUUUUGCUAAAUACAUUGGGCAUUUAUAAUGUUAUUGUAAAGGUUUUAUAUCAAACUGUGAUAAGCAUAGUUUAAGAUUUUCAUGAAAAAAUACUGCAAAUGCCAUAUUGGAAUGUGCCUUACAGUCUGAAGAGUUAAAAUUAUCUUUAGAACUAGUAGAAAAGUAUUUGUUACAAGGAGUUUCUGAAAUUUUUUGACAAGUUACUCUUUACAAAAAUGCUUUCCUUCAGAGGAGAGUAACACAAGUUAUAGUGAGAAAUGUGUAAAACUGAUGAUAAUUUCUGAUCAGAGUAUACUACCCUCUUUAAGCAAAAUUAAAAUACAACCUAGUAAGGAGUAUAGCUAAUUAACUAUACUUUCUUAUGUUCUUACUUAUAUAUAUAUAUAUAUUUAAAAAAAAAAAAUAGAAUGCAGUAUUUUAUCAGUUUGGUACCCUUACUAUUAAUGGAAAUUUUGGCUAUACACUCAAUAAUAUCUUACAAGGUUCAUCCAGCUGAGGAGACUUAGAGUAGUCCUAAAUCUACAUAUUAAAUUAACAGUGGAAAAAAGUUUAUAAUAAAAGUAUAAUAAUAAAAAUUUUACAAUUAGAUAUAUUAAAAAAUUCUAACAAAUACUAUUAAUGAAAGUAACAACAAAAAACAAUAGAGUAUACCUUAAUUAAUGUACAAACACUAACUGUUGGCUUCAGGUGCUGUUGUAGAAUAUUUCAUCAUUUAACAGAGCAAAGUUGAAGUGAUAUAAUUCUUAGAUGACUGUUUAAAAGAAGAUAUUGCUUUAAUAGGAAAAAUAAGACACUAGCAUCAUCUGAACUGUAGGAAAUUGUUCAUAUGAGCUUGUAUUUUUAUUAUAUAUAUAUAUAUAUAUAUAUAUAUUGUUUCUAUGGGGAAACAGUGAAGCUUCAAAUUAAAUUUAGAAUGAUUUACCCAACUCUGAAACUGUGAUCAUCUUAUUAAAUAAUACUUAGUUAUUUUGCACAAAAAUUAUUUUUAAAGAUCAGAAUAAUUUUCAUUAAAAGUAAUCUAUUUCUAUAAACCAUUAUAAACUAACAGGAUAAGAAGUUUUAGAUAUUAAACAAGACUCAUUUAGUUUUGUUUUUGGUGAACCUAGAAAAAGUAUUGGUGUGUGUGUAAAUAGAACCUUAAAAAUAAGUGCAAAUUUUAGCACAACUUAAGUUUCUAUGAUAUUCAGUAUUUUAUAAUAU